GUCUACCUUCCCCGGACUUGUCCUGGAACCACCACAGCCACGCCCCUUCACCCUCUGCGUACCGCCGGCACCGUGACGAAGCGACCCCACCCAUCCCUCUCUUCACCCUAUCUACCUUAUUUCGCGAUUCACCCGCCGCCACGUCCCUUGUCUUUUGUAUUGACCUCCCGCCACCAGGAGCUGCCGCAACCACUGCAAGGAAAGCGUGUCAUGGACCCCCACACCCAUGGCGGUCACAUAUCACUCUUACCUAUCGAUCCCAGCGGUUCCAUGAGCCCCGUCGAGGCACACCCUUCGCCUGCCCGCUCGCCGCCACAGGCCCAUAACUCCGUCGCCUUUGUCAAGGGCGGAAAACGGAAGCGUCUCAGCAAGGCUUGCGACGCUUGUCACAAGAGCAAACGGAGAUGCGACGGCACAGCUCCCUGUAGCAACUGUUACUUCGCCUCCAAGAAAUGCACAUACACGGAUUCCUCCGGUCGCGCAGUGCCCGCACCUCGCAAUACAUCUCAUGGGGAACGUCCUCCACGGUCGCCGGCGGACCUUCUCACGGACGACCUCGGAUCUCAGCACGUAGAUUUAUCCCAGCCUGUCCCGAACCCUCCAACCAAGGAGCACAUCACGUCGCCCAAGCGGAACCGGUCGGACAACUCGAGUGGCAGCCCUACGGGCACGUUCGCGUCGUCGUCGUCCCAGCACUCGCCCCGGCUCCCACAGCCGCGCGAGCCACAAUCAAAGCUUCUGGAUCCUGACACGACGCAUGAAUUGGUCAACCUCUUCUUCGCGCACUGCAACCCGCACCGGCUCAUCCUCCACAAGCCGUCCUUCUCCGCGGCGCUCAGCCAUAACCGCGUGCCCGAGUACUUGGUACUCGCGCUCUGCGCAGUCGCCGCGCCGCUGUCCAAAUCAAUCGCUGCCCAGGCGAGCAUCGCGCGCGUCGCGGGCGUGCCGUUCUACCAGGAUGCAGUCAAGAUCAUGUUCGACAAUGCGGGCCGCCUGCUGAGCGAGCCCACGCUAGAAACAGCGCAGGCGCUCUGCCUGAUGGAGAUGCACGAGAUCGCGGCGAGCCAUUCGUGGACGAAGCACAACAAAUACUUUGAUCUAGCGCUCAAGGUCAUGGAGGAGAGCCUGCAGGUGGAGGAGCCGGACGACCAGGUGCGGGGCCGGACGGACGGCCUCGACUUUUGCAUCGAGCGCGAGUGCACGCGGCGCUGCUUCUGGCUGAUCCAGUGCAUGAGCUGGAUCAGCGGAAUAUACAUCUACAAGCCGAUGCGCCCGCGCAGCCUCGAGAUGACGAAGAAGAUCCGGCUGCCCAUCGACGAGACGACGUUCGACCUCGCCGCGCACUGGCAUUCCGCGACGGAAGAGUAUUUGCACGUCCGUGCGCCGACGACCCGCUAUGCGUCGCAGUUUGGGCACGUAUUACGUAUUUUGUCGAUAUAUGAGACCGUCCAGAACGUCAUCGUGAAGAACGAAGGACCUGCACGAGCGAAUGCGCUCCGAGAAUGCCGGCAAUUGCUUGAUAACUGGCUGGCGUCAUUACCGCACCACCUCCAUUUUUCGGAGGACAAUGUCCAGAAACAAGUUGAUAUGUUUGAGACGAGCUCUAACACCGGUGCAUGGUGUUUCUGCUUCAUGCACGCUUUAUACCCCUGCUGUUAUCUGGCUUUGGUCGAGGGAGAAGGCCGAUUAGGCGAGCCUAUCAAGUGGGUGCGGGACCAACUAGGGACCAUAUUCAACGCCACGGGAACUCGGGCCAAAAAUACCAUUCUCUCUGCGUGCGUGAUCUGGUCAUACAGCAAAUAUCACCCCGAUGACCCGAAGAUCCGAGUAUGGGACAGCGACUUUGAGAAAGUGUGGGGCUUCCGGGUGCUCGUCGUGGCCGACCAAUGGCGGCAGGUCCAGGAGCGCGACCGGGCCCAGGCCAACGCAUCGCCCAAUGCGAGCCCUCCGCACGACGCCGGCGUCUCGCCCACAAUUGCCAAAAACAAUGUGCUUAUGGGUCCAGGAAGGCAAGGCGGGUUCGACGUCGCGCAACAGCACCAUCACGGAGAUACGGGCGUGGACCCCCGGUACGACCACCACCACCAGAUAGGGCGUGCGCGGCACUACGUUGCGGGUGCAGAGCUUCCUGUUCAAGCUCCGAUGGUACGCACUCGGGAUGGGGCUCCGAACCUGCCGUCAUUGAAGGCAAGCGGCCUGCUGGACACGUUCCCGCCGCCGGCAGACGCGUUCGCGAGCGCGCUGUCGUUGUCGCCGCAGGGUGCGACGCCUCCACAGGGUGACCGCCGGUCAAUGACAACGAUACUGAACUCACCGAUGCAGCCUCUGCGAGGGAAUGUGCCGGUCGGGUCUAGUCCCAUGAUGCCCAUAGGCCUGGACUGGUUAGGAAAGCCGUGAUCACUCGUUGGCCAUGAUUCGCCGUCAGCAACCCAUCGAGCGGCGGCUGGGGCAUGCCGGCAUCUGCGGUAUUGGGUAU